AUGAUUUCGGUUAUUUUGAGCGUUCGUAGGGGUCUGUAGGCAUUUUUUAGAAAAAAAAGUUAUGAUUUUUCAGCGAAAAUCUACAAAGGCUCGUCGACGAUUCGCGAGGACAGUCCGUGGACGGUUUUUCAAGGAACCGGGGCGCCGAACGGAGGAAUGGUCCAGUGUACGGCUACAAUAAUCUCGCCACGUCACAUAAUAACCGCCUCGCAUUGUGUGGCCGUCAUGAAGCCAAACGGCACCGGAUUCGAGAAGAUUCUAAUGGACGGAACGGAUAUCGAGCAGAAGGACUGUGAUGGAGAGUCAGUUUGCACAUAAAACCAGACUUGCAACGGGCCGGGCGGGGCCAAAAUUGGAAAUUUUCCGGCCCGGCCCGGGAGGAUGCACCUAAAAAUUCAAAGCGAACUAGUUUUGCUUCAAUUUCGAAGAUUCAUUGUAAAAACCAGCAGAAAUAGAAAAAAAGACGAAAAAGGCAAUGUUAUAGCAUAAAAACCUGUUAAAAAAUAGAAAUUGCUGUUUAAAGUCGCAAAAUUUUCACAAAAAUUACGAAAAUUUUCUCAAGAGUGGGCGGAGCGAUUGAUUGCAACUCUGGCACGCCAUUUUAGCAAUUUUGCCGCACGCGUUUUCCUCUUCCUUCAUAUUUUUUUUGCAUAUUUUUUUUGAGGUCUAACUUCCGGGCCGACCGGGCCGGGCCGGGCCGACGAUUUGCUGGCCCGGCCCGGGAUUUGGCAAGUCUGCAUAAAACUAACGGCACGUUGAAACUGUGUAAAAAAAAUUGCAGUGACUACUACAUAAAUGACACGUCAAUCGCUGAGAAAAUCGUCUUUUAUGGUGGAAUCAAUGUGACCGUGGGACAGGAUAAACCGAUUGGAAAAGCGAAAAGUGUUGGUCAAUUAGCAACUAUUUUUCGUGAAACCUAGACGAUUUCCAAGAGUGCUCCGUAAAACUCGGCAACUUUUGCGCAAAAGAAGGAUUUGCGCUGCUGCUAACCUUACGCAAACUUUGCGCAACUUUGAUAGAGAAGUUGCGUAAAGUUUGCGCUAAAGUUGCGGAGACUGAUGAGCUCCAGUCAUCGCCCAUUUUUCCUAAAAAACUUUUCAAUUACGAGUUUUGAAACAGUAAACAAUUCCCUACAAAAAUCCUCUUUAUUUUGACAGCUCCGACUGUUGGGAGCAUGCAAAACUUACGAAAGUAACCGAAAAAUCGUCGAUCUGACGUUGAUCGAACUGGCGGAAGCGUUGACGUUCGGACCCGACAUCAACAUGGCCUGUGUCUCGAGUUUGUACCCUUUUUGAAUGUGUAAAUUUUUUUUUCUUUUUUUUUACAGACUCAAUGUCCGAUGUGGCCCCGUUUUUGAGCCUCAAUUUCUAUGGAUACGGCUCUAAUCGUGAGUUUUUUUCGGGAUUUUUUUCGAAAAUGAAAUAAAUUUUUCAGCCAGGGAAGAUUCGAAUCAAAAUUCGCUUCGCAUUGCCACUUUUCUGUAUGAGGAAUCGCAAGUGAGCAACAACAAAAAAAGCGGUGGCCUAGAAACCCAAAUCCCAUUGUUUUUCCAGGUCCUUCAGCCACAAUUCGUGUUUCGUCGACCGCAGGAAACGCUGAAAUUCGACAAGGAAACAUUUCUGGCCAGAUCGGUUUUGAACAAAACUGUCGCGUGUGAGGUUGGUGGGGCCGAACUUUUGCAAUCGGCUGGAAAACUAGGCCACCUACGAAAAGCGAUCAAUAAACUUUGUUGCGUUUAGGGUGAUAGCGGCGGCGGAGCGAUUCGACGAAUUCGCGAUCAGAAUACGGUGGUCGCGGUGAUAAGUCACAGUGAGUUGGAUUACUGUGGCCACAGUAAUCCGGCGGAAAACAUUUUGCAGCCACGUGUUCGGUAUUGUCGUUGCGAACAAAGUACGCGGGUGAGAUCUACGUGCCGGUUUCGCUGUACAACGAUCAGAUUUGCAACCACACGGGCAUCUGCUCUCCGCCGCCGACGACCAUCAUGAUUUGGGGACACGCCAACGCAAUCUCACACUUUUUCGUCUUUUUUGCGAUUUUUGUCGGUUUUCUUUGUGAUUUUUGA